UCCCUCAGACCGUCACGGAGGGAGGACGUGCGAAGCUGGUGCUCACGAAACUUGGCCUAGAGACUCUUCCCUUCUCCCUUUCUCUCUCCCUCUCCCUCCCUCCUCCCCCCGCCUCUUGUCCGGCCCCCUCCCUCCCCCCUUUGCCACCGGGAGGAGCUGAGUGUCUUCCCGCUGCAGGAGGAGGAGGAGGAGGUAGGGAAAAGUGGAAAGUUUGUGGAUUUUUGGACAGAGGGAGGAAAAAGUGAGGAAAAUUGUGGUCUACAGGAAAAUUUUAUAUCUGGAAGGUUUGUACGCCUCAACACACACCUGAGGGAGAGUGAAAUGAACUGAAGGUAUAGUGACUGCGUGGACAGCGAAGGGCGAGUGGUAGAAUGCUGGGAAGAACAUUGUGUUGAGAGUACCUUUGGCUGUCACCAGGUGUAUGUAUGUUGGGCACACCUUAAAUGGAAGAGAUGAAAUAGACAAAGCAACGCCUGUGAGAUAAUCAAUAGAGGACGAGUGGAAGGAUGUAGGGAUAAGGACAUGAUGUUAAACUUACCUUUUGACUUUCGCCAGGUGUAUAUGGGGCACACCUGUAGUGGAAUGAAAUAGACAAAGAAACGCCAAUGAAAUAAUAAAUGAAAGACAAGUGACGGAAUUUGAAGAAAGACAUUGUAUUGAAUUUAAUAGUGAUUGCAAGGUAGUGACUGGAUUAACUAAGACUCUCGUGAAGAACAGUGAAAAAAACAAUAGUGAAUGAAAAAAAAAGAUGAACUAAACCAAGACACGAUAAAAUAGUGAAAAAUUAUGGAAAUAGAGACAUAAUAAAGGACAAAAGAUAAUAUUAUACGAGAAAUCAUCACAUUACGUCAUCUGCCUGCUUCUUGCCGUCACCUGGCUGUCGUGCCUCAGGUGAACCCCGUCCACAGCUCACCUGUCAGACCACUCAGGUGAAAGGGUAAGAGGAACGUACCUGGCGUAAUUGGAGGUGAGGUACAGACGGCACUCAGACUUCACUCACUUUGCAGCCCACAGGUGAAGGAAUAUGUUGGCAAUGUGUAAACAGUAUGGGACGUCAAUUAUGGUUCGGAAGGAAUAUAUAUGGAUGAGUAAAAGUAAUGAAGGUGUACAUGAAUGAAUUAGUGUGGAAAGAAACUAGUGACUCGGUGCAUGUUUGAGGUGUAAAGAAAGUGAAAUAGCUCUUGGGGUAAAAAGAUAGAGAGAGAAAAAAAUAAAGGAGUAAAUAAAUAAAAAAAAUAAAAGAGUUGUGUUUAAACGAAUUACUUUACCUGGCAAGGGAAGGAAUUAAAAGAAAAAAAGAAAGAAAAAAAAGAGGAGAAGGAAGAAAAAGAAGAAGGAAAAGAAACAGGAGUGUCAACAACGUAGAAAAUAAAAACGUGUAUAAAAAAGGAAAAAAAGGGAAAAAAACCUUGCUUGGUGAGGAAAGGAAAACCAGUCAUACCUUGAAGUGAAAAAAAGAAAAAAAGAUUAAAAAAAACAUCAGGACAAGCAGAAGUGAAAAAAAAGAGAAAGAAAAAGUAAAAGAAAAUAUCAAAGGAAGCAAUUUUAGGAAAGUGAGAAAAGUAAGAAAAAAAGAAGAGGAAAAUAUUGCGUGUGAACCAAUAUUGCAAGGGAGAAGAGAGGCGGAGGAGAGAAGAGAAGGAGGAGGAGAAGGAGGAGGAGGAGGAAAGAAAUAGGUAGUGAAGAAGAGAAGAGGAAGAAUAAACAGGAAGUGAGGAGUGAAGGAAACUACAAACCUCCUUCCUUCCUUCCUUCCCUCCCCUCCUUCCUUUCCUUCAUUCCCUCCGUCCAGACCUUUCCCCAGAGAAGAGCCACACCUGCCCAAGCAUGGCCUCCUCCAGGGACACACACCUGCACGGCCUACACCUGCUUCUAAUACUCCUCUCAGCCUACACAGCGGGCGUGGGCGGCACAGACGACUGGUGGGUGGAGACGCCUCGCUUCGGAAGAUCAGAAAGCAAAGUGGAGGUGGAGAAGGGCGAGACAGCAAGACUUCCCUGCGUGGUUCUGCACCUUAAUGACAGAUCCGUGACGUGGCUGAGGAAACGUGACCUACAUAUUUUGACAGCGGGGCACCACACCUACUCAGCUGACGACAGAUUCAAGGUAGUGCACACGGAGGGCAGCAACGAGUGGACCCUGGUGGUGAGGUUUGCACAGAUGAGGGACGCAGGUGUGUACGAGUGCCAGGUGAACACUGACCCCAAGCUGUCCAAACCUGUCACUCUAGAUGUGCUGGACGAGGGGCGAGAGGUGACGGUGACCAAAACGAAAGUGUUUGUGGCCAAUAACACAGCUUCCACUAAAGAUGGUCACCUCCGCGUUGAAAUCCAAGGGCCACGCGAGCUGUACAUUCAGGAAGGUUCGUCUCUGCACCUCACCUGCCUCGUCACCUCCUCCCGCGGCCCCUCCACACCUGUCUACUGGUACCACGACACCAACCUCAUUGACUACAACUCCCCCAGGGGCGGCGUCAACCUGAAGAGUCAUUCCGUGCAAGAGAAGGACGAGGAGGAAAAAGAAGAGGAAGAGGAGGAAAGAAAGAAAAAUGUGGAAAUUGAUAGAGAGCUCAGUGUGUGUCCAGCCUUUGUGAGCGGAGGGCGUACUGCGGCGCGCUCCAGGACUCUCCCUUUUUACCUCCUCGCUUCUCCGUCCACUCUCCACUCUCCCUCCUCUCCCUCGCGUGUGGAGGUGAUCAUGGUGGAACUGAAAACCAAAGUAAGCGUGGCAACAUUAUGCUUCUGUGGCGGCUCCGUGCACCCCCACCACACCACCACAACCACCACCACCACGACCACCACCACAACGCUGCACCACAGACACCACCCCCGCCCCUGCCACCUCAGCGCUGACCACACCCCCACACCACCACCCCCGCCACCACAGCAGCAGGGGAAGAUGUCGUCCGGGCCCCACGCCUCGAGAAUCGCUAGGAAGUACAGGAGGUCACGGCUGAAGAGGGUCAAGAGGCAGGAGUUUAAAAAGUUGAGGGACAUGGUGCCCGCCCUGCAGGAGAAGCCGGUUGUCACUAAGGUGGAGGUGAUCGAGGAGGCAAUUAAGUACAUAGAUGAGCUCCACACGGCACUCAUCGAACGCUUCAGGACGCGGGGCCUUCCCUCCACCCUACGAGACCUGCCACUGGAACCUCGCGAAGUCCACGGGGGCAACAUUCGCGAGCUCGUGCGUCACCUCCUCGCCGCGUCCAGCCCCGCCGCCCUGCCGCCCGCCCGCCUGGAGAACGCCCGCACGCUGCCCUCCUUCAUCCAGCGGGUGGCCAAGGCGCGGCGGCUCUAGGGGCGCGGGGAGGAGCCUGUAGGAGUGGUGGUAGGAGUGGUAUAGGACUCCAGACGGCAUUUCUACGAGGGAUUGAAGGAAUUGAUGGACUGGUGCAUGAUGGGUUGAUUGACUAAAAGGACAAGUGAAGGAGGAAAGGACGUGAAGGACAGAAGUGAAGGGAGAGAUUGAAAGGAGAGAAGUAAAUAAGGAAAGGACGUGAAGGAUGGAAGUGAAGAAAGGGAGAUAAGGAGAUAAGUGAAGAAGGAUAGAAGUGAAGGAAGGGACGUGAGAGAGAGAUAGGCUUAAAGUGAAGGACUGGAGGGAGAGGCAAGAAAGAAAGAAGGAAAGAUGACAAGAAUAAACAAGAAAGGAAAUGACUAUGAAAGGAAGGAAGGAAGGAAAAAAAACUAUUAUUAUACAGAAAGAGCAGAUAAUUAAUGAAAAUGAAUGAAGGAAGAUGACGUUUUCUCUACACUCUACUAAAAAGAAAACGAUAGUACACUUUUCCAGGAGAAGCUCAAGAAGAAAAAAAAAAAAGACAAACUGAAAAAACUUGCCUUCCUUCUUUUUCUAGGACUGAAGAAAACUAGAAGACAGAAGGAAGGAAGAGAAAAAGAAGGAAGAAGGACAAGGAACAGAACACGAAAGGAAGCGAAAAGGAGGAUAAAGAAGGACAUGGAAAAGAAGAGGGGUGUUAAUGAAUGUGGAUAAAGAUAAAUAAAGGAUAAAGAUGAAUGAAGGUGUGUUAAAGAACGUAAACGAAAGAAGUGAAUGAAAGAUGGAAGGAGGAGGAAAGGUGUGUUGAGGAACAUGAGAAAAAAGGAUGAAAGAAAUGAAGGAAAGGAAGGAAAAGGAGUGGACAGAGAAAAAAGGAUGAAAGAAAUGAAGGAAAGGAAGGAAAAGGAGUGGACAAAGAAGAGUGAAUGAAUGAAGGAAGGAGAUAGGAGAAAGUGAAGGAAGUAGAAGAGAAGGAAUCACCACCACCACCACCACCACUUAGGAAGGGAAUGGGAGACUGUGAUUGGCCUUAACAGUUAUCAGAGGGGGGGUGUGAGGGGGGAGUGACUGGGUUUGUAAACAUUGUGGUGGGAUGUACUGAGAGAGAGAGAGAGAGAGAGAGAGAGAGAGAGAGAGAGAGAGAGAGAGAGAGAGAGAGAGAGAGAGAAUAUCAAGGUCAUCCAAGGUUAUUCUAAACACCCACUCCUUCCCCCUCCCCCUUUGCUUCUCACAGCCACGCCCUCUCCUCCUCCUCCCCUACAUUUUUCUUGUAACUUCUACAGCUUUCUUUUCUUUAACUUUUCUUCUUCUUCUUCAUCCUCCUCCUUUUUCCGUCUUGUUUUUCCUCUUCUGCUCUUCCUUCUCAUUACAUUCAUUUCCUUCUUGUCUUGCACUCCUCUUCCUCCUCUUAUUAAACUCGUCUGUCGUCGUCCUCCUCCUCCUCACAACCUGGAGGAGGAGGAGGAGGAGGAGAUGAGGUUAUACAAGGCUGUGUUCUCUCGCCUGGAACAGCCCCAAGUCUGGAACGCUGCUAGGAGGAGGAGGAGGAGGAGGAGGAGGCGUAUCUGGAAUGCGAGGCGGCGAGGGGUACGGCGCCCGGAAAGGAGAUGGGGAAUCCUGGGGGAGGAGGAGGAGGAGGAAGAAGAAGAAAGGAGCUGUAGAAUCCUUGGGUGGAGUGGGUGGAGUAAUGUAGGAGGAGAGGGUGGCACUGGAAGAUGUGACGGGUGGAAGACGUGAUGGAGGAUGGAGAUAGAUAGGAGGAGGAAGAGGAGGAGGAGAGCGUGGCAUAUCUCCAGUCGAUCAGGUGUGUCUGGGAGAUGAUUAGGAAAGUAGUGUGUGUGUGUGUGUGUGUGUGUGUGUGUGUGUGUCGUACAGGAAUGUUGGGCUAUUGUAUGAUAAAGUUGGCUAAUUUUGUUUAAAUGGGCAUUGAGAUCUUUCAAAUACGUAAUGUUAAAAAAAAAAAAAAUGGUACUUUAUUACUUUGAGAAAACCACUUUUUUUUACUUAACCAACUUCUUUGUUAAUUUUAACGUCAACAAAAAGUAUAUUAUAAAAUGAAGAAACGCUUUAUUUACAAAAAGUAUAUUAUAAAAUGAAGAAACGCUUUAUUUACAUAGAUUCAUAAUUAUUUUUCAUUCUUUUAAAUUCUGAAAUAAACAAAAACUAGAUAAACAACCAUAAAAAAAGCACAAAGAUAAACAAAAAAGUAAAGAAAAUUACUGUAACGAAAAGAAAAAAUAACCUACCAAAGAGAUUUCAAGUGUAACCAACAAGUAAUCAGAACAAAAUAAAAUAAACUAAAAAUAAACUAAAAUCCAUGUAUGUAUGAAUGCGUGCACGUGUGUAUGUAUAUGUAUGCAAACCCCAAUUAAUGUAUGUAUGUGUAUGAAUCAAGGGAAUGGGGUAGGGGGGGGUGAGGUCAAAGGGUAGGUUACGGUCAGAGGGGGGAAGGGAAAGGAGGGGGAGGCAAUUAUUUAUACAGGGAGGGGAGGGGGGGGAAAGAGGAGGAAUAAGAGAAGAGAAAGCAGAGAUAGAGACAAGGAAAAAUGGAACAAGUAGAGAAAGAGAUGUGGAAGGAUAAAGAGGAGAUAGGAAGAGGAGGAGAAGGACGAACAAAAGACGAGCAGAAAGGGAAGGGUGGAAGGAAAAGAAAAAUGAGUAAUAAGAAAAGAUGUGGAAAGAGAAGGGUGAAUAGAAAGGAGGAG